UUGUUCGUUGCCCACGGCACUAAAAACUGUUCCGGGAAUCGGCAGGGAAGCUAUCUUCACAAGCGAUAACCGAGUUAAGACGUUCUUCUCCGUGGACCGUAGUUUGCUUCGAGAACAUCUAGUACCUCUAGAACUUUUCAGAAUGCCGCUGAAAGCCGUUUGUGUGCUGAAUGGUGAGGUUAAGGGCACCAUUUUCUUCGAACAGAGCGUGGAGUCGGAUCCGGUCAAGGUCACUGGCACGGUGACCGGUCUGAAACCAGGCGAUCACGGUUUUCACAUUCAUGAGUUCGGCGAUAACACCAAUGGGUGCAUGUCGACGGGAGCUCACUUCAACCCGCACGGUAAAACGCACGGUGCGCCAACGGCCGACGAGCACCAUGCCGGUGAUAUGGGCAACAUCGUGGCUGAUGGAUCCGGUGAAGCCAAGGUCGAUCUUAGCGUGAAGCAGAUUGCGCUCAGCGGACCGCUGAACGUCGUUGGCCGCUCGCUCGUCGUCCAUGCCGAUCCGGACGAUCUGGGCCUGGGUGGCCAUGAGCUGAGCAAAACUACCGGCAACGCUGGAGCUCGCCUGGCGUGCGGAGGUACAUCGGUGGCCGUUACGGGUGCGAUCGAAGGUUUGCGACCCGGCAAGCACGGUCUACACAUCCAUGAGUUUGGCGAUUUCUCACGUGGUUGCCUCUCCACCGGACCACACUACAAUCCGGACGGAAACGACCACGGUGCGCCAGAGGACGCAAAUCGUCAUGUGGGUGAUCUCGGCAACAUUGUCGCCUACAGCGGUGGCUUGGCAAAGGUGCAGCUAGCGGACUCAAAGAUAACGCUCGUCGGCGAACGCAGCAUCAUCGGUAGAACGUUGUCGGUGACGGAGUUCGAGGAUGACCUUGGCCGUGGUGGACAUGAUUACAGCAAAACGACGGGCAACUCGGGUAACCGCAUCGCCUGUGCGAUUAUCGGUGUGGCACGGGAAGAGUAUUUCGCCGAACGAUUGCAUCUGACCACCGAUCAAUGAGACUGAAUGAUAUUAGAAAUAAAACUCUAUCUACUGCUCUGUUUGGGAUUUGGGA